UUUGUCAAAUCAAAUGACAACCCGCGUAACGGCUGAUAUUUUUUGAAAGCCCAAGGAUUUCUGCAGAGUUUUGUGAUGGUUUUGUGAUAAGGAUUUUACAUUAAAGGCUUUGUUUUAUACAUAAUGGAUGAAAAGAAGACUUAUAAUAACCAAAGAAGUCGUUUUGCGAAGCUGUCCCUAAAGAAAAAAAAGCCCAUCCAGGACAUAAAAGAAAGUAAUCGUGAUUUAGAUUGCAUUAUAUUAGAGGAAUCUUUCGAUAGAUUGCGGUCGGAAUUAACAAGAAACGUAUUAAAAGCAAAUCAUUUAUGCUCACCGAUAGUUAUAAAUGAUUCUAGCGAUACUCAUGAUGAGUCUGCAGAAGGCACUAAGGAACCCAGCAAAUCAGGCAAUGUUUCUUUAAACUGUACUUAUCAAUCACCUCUUAAUACAAAAGACUCGAGACCAAGUAUAGGUGGGUGGUCACCAGCUCAGAACAUAAUAUGUGCAACGCCAAGAAAUGAUACCAUACCAACAACACCUAAAGAUACCGCCAAUGACUCAUUGGAACAAUGCUCAAUUAAAAAGAUACAAAGUUCCCAUCAUAAACUUCUCAAUGAUUUGUAUGGAGACAAGUGGAAAAGCAUUCCAUCCUUAUUCAAGACAAUAUCACAUAAAUAUGACAACUUCAAUGGUAUUUCCAAGAAGUUAUUUGACGAUGAUGAGAGCGACAAAGAGAAUAUUCGAACUCACUUGGUCAAAGAGAAGGAAUUGUACUUGUCUGGCUCUGAUGUCAAGCAGAGAACUAAAAAUGACAUCAGUGAUAAGAGGUGCAAGAAGAAAUUAUACACGGAAAAGAUUCCUAGCACUCCUGAUUUGCCCAAGCAAAAACCUACAAGAAAAGCAGUCACCACAAUUAAGAAGAAGGGUAUGACAGUCACUGAAAUGGUUGGAAUAUUAAACAAAGAUGUGGACGCAUUGACAAACAAAAUUCAAAAAGUAAAAGUUACUCCAAGUGAAGUUUUAGUAAACAGGUUUAGUUUCGUUGGAUCCCUAGCUGACAAUGUCCCGUCAUGGCGGUGUCACAUAGAAGCAUUACAAUAUCACGACAGCUACAAGACACUCAGAGAGAAACUCGCUCGCCGUCUCUUUGAAGAGUUCAACAAAAGUGUUUUUGAUAAUGCCAUGGAUGCAGAUUUGCCUAUAUUAUGGGACUCCAAAUUAAGAAGUACUGCAGGUACAACAACAAACAGAUUGAUCAAGACAGCCAGUGGUGACCGUAUACGGACGUCCAGUGUUAAGCUGUCGACCAAGGUGUUGGACACUCCGCAGCGGUUACGGGACACUCUCAUACACGAGUUGUGUCACGCUGCCACCUGGUUGAUAGACGGAGAGCUGAGAGCGGGACAUGGACCUCUGUGGAAAAAAUGGGCAACAAAGUCACUGCGAGUGUACCCUGAGCUGGGUGAGAUCUCGCGGUGCCACGACAUGGAGAUACACUACAAGUACUCCUACAAGUGCACCAGAUGCGGAUACAGUAUCAAGCGCCACUCAAAAUCCAUUGACGUCACGAAGAAAUGCUGUGGCUAUUGCCAUGGGACUUUUGAGGUUAUUGUCAACAAGAAGAACAAAGAUGGCGUCGUGGUGUCCACACCCGCGAGAAAAGGCGGAAUGAACGAAUUCGCUCAAUACGUGAAGGAAAAUUACAGUUCACUCAAAGAUGGAUCCAAAACUCACGCUCAAGUCAUGAAGCUAUUAGGGGAGCAGUUCUCAGCUAAGAAGAAUAAGAACAUGGAUUCCCCUGUGAGUGAAAUUGUGACUAGAUAAUAUAUUUAAAACUGUAAGACAACAAUACUUGCUAUUGAGACACAAAGUCUGUAUAUGUUUCAUAUUUCAUGGUUUUGACUAUAGAUGUGUUUUGUACACCCAUAGCUUUUUAGACAAUUCCAAAUUACUUCUAGUAAAAGUAUUUUAUGUAGGUAAAAGUAUCCUUGGUUGUAAUAGUUUAUUGAUUUAUUUGGACUUUUUUUAGGCAAUUUUUGAGUAAUUUUACUUUUUCUGCAGUCAACAGUUGACAGAAUAUCUAUUGCUUCAUAGCAACAUAUAUUAUGACAAUCAAUUUGACAUUAUUGGCUCAAUUAAACCAUAACGGUGAAACCGAACGAGCGUGGUUUUGGAGGCAUAAGUCACAGAAUUUCGGUUCUUAAAAUUUUUAAAUAAUAUUAAUCAUGACUUACUAAAUUCCUUUCGUGUGAAUUGAGAAUUUCCUUUUAACCGAAUGAAGUAAAAUUUCUGCCAACCGAAAUUCUGCGACUCACAAGUCCCAACUCACAAAAUUACGCUCGUUUGGGUUUAUCUGAAAUUUCAGUGGAAUAGCAGUUUUGUGACUUAGGGCCAAUUUUUCAAUCCUCAGAUAAAAUGUCGGAUAGUUAACUGAAGAAUAAAGUUAUUGGGUGGUUUAACCGUCGAAUAAGUCAUAGUCAAUUUUUCAAAUGUCAUUCCAUAGAUAACUAUCUGACCGAAAUUUUGAACUCUGGCAACUCGCACUCUACACAGUUGAAACAAAUAUAUUGAAUACUCUAUUGUUAGAGCAAGACAGACUGUUUCUUGUCUGUCAAUCAAGUGUCUCAUUGUUUAUAGGUUAUUUGUCUGUUUCGUUCGAAUUGACGCAUGUGCACAUUUAUUGCUUAUUGUGAUUGAAAAUAAAAAGACAGAUGCUGUGACGAACAAAGACUUUUCGAACUGCACCAACUAUAAUAUUAGGUAGAUAGGAUUAAGGUCCUCUGUAUUUCGUGCUUAAUUUUAUAUUCUAGAGAAAGCAUAAUAUGUAGCACAGAUUCUUUUAAGUCUGAAUCGAAGCUGAAAAUCUUUUGGAUCCCACAUGUUAUAAUGCUCAGGCCUCGAUCUGACGAUUCUUUCUUUUCUUUCCAAAAAAUUCAUAAUCGUUUAUUAUGGCCUCUUCUUCAAUAAUUGCAAGAUCAUCAAUUUCAUCGAAAAUAUCCAUAUUAAACGUUAAUUAUUAAAUAAACGUAAAUUACAACCUCAAGCCAAAUACCACUUACCAAUGUCAACGUCGAAGUAUCUGUCUAAUAGCGGUUAUUUGGUGGUUCACGCGACGGAUAGAUUUAUUCCUCUGUUAGCGGGGUUAUUCAACGGUUAAGUCCUAUCUGACGAUUGAAAAAUUCCAUAAUAUCUUGCUAUCUGUCGAAUAAAUACUAUCUGUCUGUUUAUCUGAGGAUUGAAAAAUCGGCCCUUAGCAGUAUUGUUUACUAUCUGAGUCCACAGUAUGCUGUAUGUAUGACUUAUUUGAUAUUUAGACCUAUUACAGUUUGUAUUCAUAUAUCUUUCGACAAUUAUAAUAAUUAUUGUGAUAAAAUUUUAUUUGCCGUCUUUCUUUUUU